AUGGCAGACGUUCGACGAGUUGGGAGUGAAGUUCGCCGCCAGCAGGAACACGAGGAAUACGACGCCUUGCCACAAGUUGCAGGGCGCGGCCCUCUGCAAAACGAAGAAAUGGGACUACUUACCAACUCCGAACCAAAAGAUGGGGUGGGCAUCGGAAAAGACCAAGAAUACAGGUUGAUUCAAGUGUUGAGCCCCCCCGCCCCCCCGUCGGCUAUGACUAACGUUGCGUACCAGAACAGCAGCUCGAGCGUGUUGAAUGAUGGCCGGCUGACGAGGCCGAGUGACGAGACGGACUCGGAUUGGCUGGCGCGUUAUCUGUUAUCGGCGCCACGACGUCAAAACGCGGCAAAGCCAAGCUACUCGCAGUGCAGUACAGUCAGUGCCUACAGCGAGUGCAGCGAGUGCAGUACAGUCAGUGCCUACAGCGAGUGCAGCGAGUGCAGUGCAGUGCAUGGGGCCGCUUUUGCCGUCGCGUCGUACAGAGUGGAGCGCCACCCUUUUCCACCCUUCUUCCCCCAACUCAUUGGCGACCCUGCCCAGUAUCAGAGCGGUCAGAGUCGGAAGGGCCCCAAGGGCGAGCGAGGUGAGGCUGUGCGUUUCCCUCGACGCCGCGCUAGACCGCACCCGCUCUUUGUCCACGCACCGGGGGGCCGUCAGCGCCAACGGACGGGUCUGGGAAGCGGAAACAAGAAAAAAGAGCGCAUAAGGCAUGGCAAAGAAAGAUGGCAAAGUGGGCUUUGGGUGCCCGCCUUGGGGGUUGGGUGGGAGGGUGUGCGCCGACGGGAACCCCAAGGGGACCUGGUUUCCAGAAGGCACGGGAGUUUUUGCCUUCUCCUUCAUCAUCCCACGGAAACAGUUCGGCGACGCCUCUUGGCUUGA